AAUAAAAGGUUUAGAAGCUACUGGAUCGUAAGCACUGUAUUCAGAAGAAAACUUUCCGGAAAUUUUGUAUAGCUACAAAUUUUAUUAUAUUAAUCUAGCAAAAUGGAUUUGUUGGAACCAACAUUAUACACAAUUAAAGCUAUGGUCAUCAUGGAUAAUGAUGGAAAUCGUAUCCUAGCCAAAUACUAUGACAAAAAUGUAUUUCCAACAGUAAAGGAACAGAAGACGUACGAAAAAAAUCUCUUCCAGAAAACUCAUCGUGCAAAUGCAUCAGAAAUUAUCAUGUUGGAUGGACUUACAGUAGUGUACAAGAGUAAUGUAGAUCUAUUUUUCUAUGUGAUGGGAGGAAAGAACGAGAAUGAACUCAUCUUGUUGUCAGUAUUAAAUUGUCUUUUUGACACUAUUAGCUUGAUUUUGAAGAAAAAUGUUGAGAAACGAGCUUUACUGGAUAAUUUGGAUGUUGUUAUGCUAGCUUUUGAUGAAAUUUGUGAUGGCGGGAUUAUUCUUGACGCUGAUCCAGCGAGCGUACAAAAGAGAGUUGAUUUAAGGAACGAUGAAUUACCACUUGGAGAGCAGACAGUAGCACAGGUAUUCCAAAGUGCAAAAGAGCAACUGAAGUGGAGUCUUCUUAAGUAAAAAUCUAUCCGAAUAUCAUUUCCAAUUUAUUUGUUUUAUAUAGCAUCUAUCUGUCUAUACAUUUUUAAAUUACAUGAUAUAUUAUUGUGAAAAAUAAAUUUUAAUAAUCUUUAAGCUCAUUAUAAAAUAUAAA